CCCCGGCGCCCCCGGCGCGCCGCGUGUGCUCGCGGGCGGGGCGUCGCGCAGCCAAUCGGCGCGGGCGCCCGGGGCGGGGCGGGGCCUGCCGCGCGGCGGCGCCAGGCCUCCUCCGUGCACACACACGAAUACAAAGAGCCACACGACCUUCGGCCCACCCCCCAGGAACCCCAGCUCGCCUGCCCGCCCGGCCAGAGACCCAGCGGUGAAGCCCCCGGCCCGGGCCGCGGCAGCCAUGUCCUUCAGCGCCACCAUCCUCUUCUCCCCUCCCGGGGGCAGCGAGAGCCGCUGCUGCUGCUGCGCGUGCAAGAGCGAGGCCGGCGGGGGCGGCUCGGGGCCCCGGGCCGGGAGCCCCCAGGCCGGCACCCCCAUCACGGUGACGGGCCACGGCCUGGCGGUGCAGGGCACCGAGCAGCUCCUGCACGCCAUCUACCAGCGCGUGGACAAGGCCGUGGGCCUGGCCGAGGCCGCGCUGGGCCUGGCCCGCGCCAACCACGAGCUGCUGGGCCGGCUGCAGGAGGAGCUGGGCGGGCGGCGGCGCGGGGCCGAGGCCCCGGAGGCCGCCGAGGGCCGGGCGGGCCGGGCGGGCCGCCCCGCGCCCCCCGCGCCCCCCGCGCCCCCCGCGCCCGUCAAGGAGAGCCCCGGGGAGGAGGAGUGCGACAGCCUGGGCAGCGGGGUGCAGGUGGUGAUCGAGGAGCUGCGGCAGCUCGGGGCCGCCCAGGCCGGGGCGCCCGGGGGCUUCCCGGCCCCGCCGAGGGAGGCCCGGCCCCCCGCCGCCCCGGGGCCCCCGCUGCCCCAUCCCCUGGUAGAGGAAUACGUGGCCUCCGAGGGUGCGAUACAGCGAGUUCUGGUCCCUGCCUAUGCCAAGCAGCUCUCACCAGCCACACAGCUGGCUAUCCAGCGGGCAUCCUCAGAGCCAGGGCCAGAAAACGGCAGCACGCUCCCCGCGCCGCGCACCGAGGACCUGCUGAGCGCCGUCCUGGAGGAGCCGGGCCCCGGCAGCACCGGGGAGCUGCGGCCCGCGCCCGGCUUCACCGCUUCUCCGUGCAGGAUCAGAGGCAGCGGCCAGAAGAACUCCAGGCGCAAGCGGGAUCUGGUACUUUCAAAAUUGGUCCACAAUGUGCAUAACCAUAUCACCAAUGACAAGAGAUUCAAUGGGUCUGAAAGCAUCAAGUCCUCCUGGAACAUCUCCGUCGUGAAGUUCCUCCUGGAAAAGCUCAAGCAGGAGCUGGUCACCAGUCCCCACAACUACACGGAUAAGGAGCUCAAAGGAGCCUGCGUGGCCUACUUCCUCACCAAGAGGCGGGAGUACCGCAACUCGCUGAACCCCUUCAAAGGCCUGAAGGAGAAAGAAGAGAAGAAACUCCGAAGCCGCCGGUACCGGCUGUUUGCCAACCGAUCCAGUAUCAUGCGGCACUUUGGGCCUGAGGACCAGCACCUGUGGAAGGACGUGACAGAAGAGCUGAUGUCCGACGAGGAGGACAGUCUCAACGAGCCAGGCGUGUGGGUGGCCCGCCCUCCUCGGUUCCGGGCCCAGCGCCUCACACAGCUCUGCUACCACCUGGACGCCAACUCGAAGCAUGGCACCAAAGCCAACCGUGUGUACGGACCUCCUUCAGACAGACUGCCUUCUGCUGAGGCCCAGCUCCUUCCCCCAGAACUGUAUAACCCUAACUUCCAGGAGGAGGAGGAGGAGGAGGAGGGAAGCCAUGACAAUGGACCCAUCUCCCCAUCUUUUGACCAACCCCAUAAAACCUGCUGUCCUGACUUGAACUCAUUCAUUGAAAUCAAAGUGGAAAGGGAUGAGUGAGUUCUUUGACCAAGGAAAACUGGCUUCUGCCACUCCCCACAUCCCAGAAAAGGGGGCAGUGGGGUUUCUCUGGAGAUGUCUUCUGCAGACUGAACAAGCAGAUCUGCCUUUUUUUUUUUUUUUGCCAGUCCUGGGCCUUGGACUCAGGGCCUGAGCACUGUCCCUGGCUUCUCUUUGCUCAAGGCUAGCA